CGGCCUGCCGGGGGAGUACAGUACAGGCGCACGGCGCAGCUCUACUCUGCUGUCAGCCGGCCACACCUGACACACAGGUACGUCUCCUCACUCUCUGUGCGGUCGCCUGUCACCCAUUCAGGUUUCCAGGUGACUUCUCAUCUUCCGGUAUUCCACCAUGGCUGAACUCACGGAAAAAGUAACCAAGUCUCUAAAUAAAACCACCCCAGGACUGCAGAUAUGGAGGAUAGAGAACAUGGAGAUGGUUCCGGUCCCUGAGAAGACCUUUGGGAACUUCUUUGAUGGAGAUUGUUAUCUGCUGCUGAUGACACACAAGGUCAGCAACAACUUCAGCUAUGACAUCCACUUCUGGAUUGGGAAUAAUUCCUCUGUGGACGAGCAAGGAGCAGCCGCCAUUUACUCGGUACAAAUAGAUGAACACCUGGGAGGUGUGGCCGUGCAGCACCGCGAGGUUCAGGCAUUUGAGAGCAACACAUUCAAGGGCUACUUCAAGCAGGGCAUAGUUUAUAAAAACGGCGGGGUAGCAUCGGGAAUGAAGCAGGUUGAGACGAACAGCUACAACGUAAAACGUCUCUUGCAUGUCAAGGGAAAGAAGAAUGUUUUAGCUGGAGAGGUAGCUCUGGACUGGAACAGCUUCAAUACCGGGGACGUGUUCUUGGUGGACCUGGGAAAGUUAAUCAUCCAAUGGAACGGACCUGAAAGCAACAAAAUGGAGAGACUGAGGGGCAUGAACCUGGCGAAAGACAUCCGCGACCGGGAGCGGGGUGGACGUACUCACGUUUUUGUGGUGGAAGGAGACGACGAAGAAGCAACACCCAAGCUGAUGCAAAUCCUGACACACGAUCAAGUACUGGGGAAGAAAAAGGCGAUUAAACCUCCCAUAAGUGAUGACGUGGUGGACACAGCGGCCAAAGGAUCUAUCAAACUGUAUCAAGUAUCAGAUUCUAAUGGAAACCUGAUGGUCCAGGAAGUGGCUACUAAGCCUUUGACCAAGAACUUGUUGCAACACGAGGACUGCUAUAUCCUGGAUCAAGGCGGAAUAAAGAUCUUUGUGUGGAAAGGAAAGAAUGCUUCAAAAGAGGAGAGAAAGCAAGCCAUGCCUCGUGCCUUGAAUUAUAUCAAAGCAAAGAACUACCCCAAUUCCACCAACGUGGAGGUAGAAAACGAUGGUUCCGAGUCUGCCGUGUUUAAGCAGCUCUUCCAGAAGUGGCCCACAAAGGACGAGACCACUGGCCUGGGGAAGACACAUACUGUUGGUGCAGUAGCCAAAGUGGAACAAGUGAAGUUUGAUGCCACGCUCAUGCACGCCAAACCAGAGGUAGCCGCGCAUCACAAGAUGGUCGAUGACGGAUCGGGAGAGGCGGAGGUCUGGAGAAUUGAAAACAUGGAACUGGCACCAGUAGAGAAACAGUGGCUGGGACAUUUCUACGGCGGAGACUGUUACCUCAUUCUGUACAAGUACCUUGUUAAUAACAAGUACCAUUACAUCCUCUACAUCUGGCAGGGUCGCCAUGCCAGUGCCGAUGAAAUUGCUGCGUCAGCCUAUCAGGCUGUGGCCGUGGAUCAGCAAUAUAAUGGGGAGCCUGUUCAAGUACGUGUAAGCAUGGGCAAGGAACCCCCGCACCUCAUGGCUAUAUUUAAAGGGAAGAUGGUGGUGUACGAGGGUGGUACCUCCCGUGCAGACAGCGAUGAGACUCCCCCUGAGAUCCGGCUGUUUCAUGUGCACGGAACCAAUGAAUACAACACCAAGGCUUUUGAAGUUCAGGUGCGGGCCUCAUCCCUCAACUCUAAUGAUGUGUUUGUGCUGAAGACAAAGGGAGCCUGCUAUAUCUGGUGUGGAAAGGGCUGCAGCGGUGAUGAGAGAGCCAUGGCCAAGACUGUGGCUGACCUGAUCUCCAGGGGUGAGAAAGUGGUUGUGGCUGAAGGCCAGGAACCGUCUGAGUUCUGGUUGGCUUUGGGAGGCAAAUCUCAGUAUGCUAACAACAGGAGAUUGCAGGAAGAAACUCUCGACAUUGCCCCUCGUCUCUUUGAAUGCUCCAACAAGACAGGAACCUUUAUCGCAGAUGAAGUUGCCAAUUAUAACCAAGACGAUUUAAUUCAAGAUGACGUCUUCUUAUUGGAUGCCUGGGAUCAGGUCUUCUUGUGGAUCGGAAAAGACGCGAAUGACGCAGAGAAGUCCCAGGCUGUCGUAACAGCUCAGGAAUACCUGAAGAGUCACCCUGGAGGGCGGGACCUCAACACCCCCAUCAACGUCGUGAAGCAAGGGUUCGAGCCCCCCACUUUCACUGGCUGGUUCCAUGCCUGGGAUCCAUUCAAGUGGGAGACCACAAAAUCUUAUGCCGAACUGAAAGCCGAACUGGACGACGCAGACUCAAUUGACCAGUUCGCCUCAGAUUUUGCUAACAGCAAACUAAAUUCGUUUAAUGCCACAACAAACCUGGGCUCUCUCGUUCUCACCACAUACCCAGCCGACGCACUGAUAAAUAAGACCGCAGAGGAGCUGCCACCGGGUGUGGACCCCACCAGGAAAGAGGACUAUCUGUCCAAUGAAGACUUUCAGAGACUAUUCGGAAUGUCGCUUGCUGAAUACAAGGGCUUACCUGAAUGGAAAAAGCAAAAUCUCAAGAAAUCGAAAGGACUCUUCUGAUCAAACUGCGGCCUUUUACGUUUUGU